AUGCUUGCUAAUUUCACCGGCCGAGGCCGGCGUAUGGGCCAGUCUAAUCCGAACUUACUGAGCGAAGCGGCCUCGGAUGUGGAAACUCAGUCCAGCAAAGUGCUUAGCCAAUACGCCGUAUUGGGCCGUUACGACUUUGUCAUCAUCACCGAGUCAUACGACAAUCAGUCCGCGGUCCGACUAUCUCUCGAACUGGGAAUACGCGCCGGAUUGAAUAUCGAAACUCUACCCGCAUUGCCAAUCGGUGUCCUGUCCGACGAAGACCACAUCAACUUCCUGCGUGAUGCUGCCGUGGCCCUCAACUUGCCUUCAGGGCCCGACGAUUCGGAUUCGUCCGACGACUGGCGCCUGCCCGACGAACCAGAAUAA